UUGAUCUGCACCACCCACGAUACAAUAAUGUACCUGUUCUCUAUGCCUUCUAGACAGCAUAAGAAAUAAAAAACCAAUGUCCUCAAAGAGUUCAGAGCCUGGUUAGGAAAACGACCAUGUCACCGCUCCAGGGACUGACCUCAUGGUCCUACUAGCAACCACUAUGAUCCAAGACCCAAAACAGACAUCACAACGCACAAUCAACUCUAGGACAGAAGUAAUUGAAUUAUAGAAGGUUUAUGACCUCACUCACCACCUUUCUCUCUCCCUCUCUCUCUUCCUCUUCGUCAUCCUCUCCUCCCUCCUCCUCUCCUCCCUCCUCCUCUCCUCCUCUCCUCCCUCCUCCUCUUCACCCUCUUCAUACUCCUCAUUGUCUUCUUCCUCUUCAUCCUCUUUUUUUCUUUCCUCCUCCCUCCUCCCCCCCCCCCAUGCUGCACUGCACACCACCUUGGUAAAGAUUAAUGGUAUAUGACAGACAUCGUCCUGCUCUCAAACUAAAAUGGAGAAUGGGGGAAAAUGACUCAGAAGUUAGACGUGUGGGGCUUUUAAAUUAUCAGAUUAUCUGCAGAAAACUUUGUCUAAAUUACCUAACUAUCUGCCUUGAUUUUUUUUUUUUUGUUCAUUUCUGUAAGUGGAUCCACAGGGUAAGAUUUAAGUCAGUCAAAGGAGUGUGUGUUUACCUACUCGUCUGGCACACUGGGAAAGGAAGGUGUGUGUACCAGUUGCCUAGCAACCUCCUCUGCUUUCCUCUCGAGUUAACUACCUGUGGAUGGAGCCUGACAGACCACAGGCUCCAGCGGACAUUCUUGCCUUCAAGGGAGGCUUAGAACUAAGGUCAGUAGCAGAGCUGCCGAGACAGAAGAAUGGAUGGUUUUUGUGUUUAUAAAGUAAUAGGCUCUCCCGUGUGAAAGGAACCUGAAAUGUUGUUUUAAUCUGAGUGCUGUCUUCUCCAUGGCUUCACAGUUGUGAUAUUGAUACAACCCUAUCUGAGCCAAAUUUAGUGAACUACUAAGUUCAGACCUUUCCCCCACAAUGUACUGAAUCGAUUUGAGUUUUAACUAAAGAUGGCAUGACUUGAAAAUGUCAACGCUGUUUCAUUUUUCUGUUUUUUGAUUUUUGAUUUUUCUUUUGAAAGGACAUGCUUUAUUUUUUUUUGAUUAAAAAAAAAACAAAAAAAAAAAACCAAAAAAACCUACCAAAGUGUACUCAUUGGUUUACCCAUAGCCUUCUUUCUCAUAGUAUCACGAAAAGUUUCUCUCUAAAUUGUCCCCAUCCCUCAUAGUUGACCUGCUGGUGCCUUGUAGAUCAAAUCUCAUCUUUGUGUAUGACAACCUGGUCACUAGGUUUCCCUCCCCAACAGAGUUCCCACUGUCUUCAUUCACAUUCACUUGGAGGGCCGAGUCCCUCUCUGCAGUCCUCAUCAGGCAGCCUUAAAGUCCAGCAAAGCUUUGUAUGUUGACUUUUUAGCCAGGAGGGAGAGCAGAAUGACAGAGCAGGUAAGAAGGGUGUUGUUAACCAGAGUGGGUACCAGGCCUUGUUAACACACCUCAACUUGGGGAGAGCUGACAGACACGGAGACUCCUGGAAAUUGACCUGUUUUGUGUUCAUUAAAGAGAGAACUCCAGGAGUCACUCUUCAGGUUGCUGUGAGAGGAGCUCAGAACACCCAACAUGGAUGUCCUGACCUAUGAUGAUGUGCAUGUGAACUUCACUGAGGAAGAGUGGGCAUUGUUGAAUCCUUCUCAGAAGAGUCUCUACCAAGGUGUAAUGCAGGAGACCUGUAGGAAUCUCAGUGCUAUAGGCUACAUUUGGGAAGACCAUACUACUGAAGAAUGUUGUAAAAGUUCAGGAAGACAUGGAAGGUAUGAAAGAAGUUUUACUGGAAAGCAAACCUUUGAUUUUAUUCAGAAUGGUAAUGGCUUUGCAGUUCAGAGUCAUACCCAAAGGCAUAAUGGAGAGGAGCCCUAUGAAGGUAACCUAUGUGGUAAAGCUUUUGUACAGAGGAAUAAUCUCAAAACACAUAAGAGGACACAUAAUAGAGAAGAACCUGCUGAAUGUAACCAAUGUUGUAAAGACUUUGUAAGAAGCAGUGCUCUCCAAAAUCAUGAAGGAACACACACAGGAGAGAAACGCUGUGAAUGUAAUCAAUGUGGUAAAGCCUUUGCACAAAGGAGUAGUCUCAAAAGACAUAAAAGAUCAUGUAAUGCAGAAAAACGUUAUAACUGUAACCAAUGUUGUAAAGCCUUUGUA